CGCACCGCGCGUGGGGGCGGAGUCGGGAGCUGUGAGCGUGUUUGCGGCUGCGUGACCCCGCGAGGCUCAGUCCCAGGUGCAGGCGGUGCUGGCCCGGACUUCCUCCCCCUUUCCUUCUGGAGCCCCGAGAGCUGCCCCUCCAUGGCGCCGACCACCCUCUCGUGGGGUCACAAGGCUGAGUUUGGGAGAAGGGCCGGGGUCUCAGGACAGGGCCCCCAGACAGGGCCGCGUCUGCCUGCAGCUCCCCGGGGCCCCCCGGGGUCCGCUCCCAGGAGCCGCCUGCAGCAUGUCCUCCACGCUGCUCCCCACUGGCCUGGUGCCCUUUGAAGAGCUCUUCUCCAAGCCCCCAAAUCCCAUGCUCGGCCCCAGCCUGACUCAGGAUCGGCGUGCCUUGGACCCUGGGCCUUCGCCCAGCCCCUGCAGCCCCCGCCGGGAGCCCCCGAGCCCUCCUCCCUCGGAGCCCGUCCCUGGCCGCGACGCCUUGGAGGACCCGGCCUGCGAGCCUGCCAGCCCUGAUGGCCCCGGGGCCACCGAUUGCCUGCCUUCGGGGGGCUCCCCCCGCUGGGACUUUGGGGACCUGUUUUGCAGGCCGCCCAACCCUAUGCUUUCCUCCAGCACGGCCCCCUCAGCCGCGGGAACUGUGGCCCUCGAGCCCCCCGCUUCACCGUCCCCCAGGUCCACUUCCAGCCAAGACGGCGGCCAGGCUCCCGGGCCGGGUUCCGAGGCGGCGAGCCCGGAGCGGGCCCCUCGCAGUCCAGGACGGGGGGAAGCCCGGCUCAGGAACCGGAGCGACCGAGGUGGGGGCCCGCGGCCGGAGGGCAAGAAGAGAAAGGGGGCCGGGGCCGCCGCCGCCGCCAAGGGGACGCAGCCCCAGGAGGAGGACUUCGCCCAGCUCCUAGAGCAGUACAGACGCGAGAGGGAGACUCCCAAGUCGGAGCCGGGACCCCCGCCCUCCGAGGGCAAGGCGAAGAAAGCAGCCAAGAGGAGCGCCGGGGCCGGGGGGGCCGGCCGGGCCAAGAAGAAGAAGCGGGCACGGCCCGCAAAGACCGCCGGCCCCCGGCCCCUGGCGCGGCCCCUCGCGGCCCCGGCGCGCCCCCCGGUGAGCCAGGAGUUUGUCCAGAAGAACACGGUGGCUCUGGGCUCGCAGAGGGUGUGCAAGUACUUCCUGGCGGGGCGCUGCGUGCGCGGGGAGCAGUGCCGGCUGGACCACGCCGCCGAGGGCCUCAAGUUCCAGCAGCUCUGCAAGUUCUACGUGCAAGGCUACUGCACGCGCGGCGAGCACUGCCGCUUCCUGCACCACGAGUUCCCCUGCAAGUUCUUCCACACCGGCGCCAAGUGCUACCAGGGGGACCACUGCAGCUUCUCCCACGCGCCCCUGACCCCCGAGACCGAGGGCCUGCUGAGGGCCGCGCUGGCCGGCCCCGCCCCGGCCGAGGCCACCCCCGUCCCCGCUCCCUCCUGAGGGCCCCCGCCCCACUGAAGCCCCCGCUCCUCCUGAGGGGACCCCGCCCCAGCUGAAGCCCCCGCUCCUCCUGAGGGGCCCCCGCUCCAGCUGAAGCCCCCGCUGCUCCUGAGGGGUCCCCGCCCCAGCUGAAGCCCCCGCUCCUCCUGAGGGGCCCCCGCUCCAGCUGAAGCCCCCGCUCCUCCUGAGGGGACCCCGCUCCAGCUGAAGCCCCCGUUCCCUGCUGAGGGGUCCCCACUCCAGCUGAAGCCCCCGCUCCUCCUGAGGGAUCCCCACCCCAGCUGAGGCCACCACUGUCCCCGCUCCCUCCUGAGGGGUCCCCGCCCCAGCUGAAGCCCCCGCUCCCUCCUGAGGGGUCCCCGCCCCAGCUGAGGCCCCUGCUCCUCCUGAGGGGUCCCCGUGCAGCCUGGGAAGACGGCCUGGCCCUGGCUCAUUAAAAGGCCGCCGAGCGAGGCUGCCGCUCUGUUUCUUCCAGCCCCCAAGGGGCCCCAGGAAGGAUCCCUCCCCCCAUCCCCGCUAUUGCGGACCUUUUAAGGGUGCCCAGGUCCUAGCUGGGACCUGGACAGGCCAGCACUGUCCUGUAGAGACCCUGAGAAGGGGAGAUGCCCCCGGGGUCUAGGAGGUCAGAUUUCCCCCUCCCCCCGCCCCAGGUGCACUAGUAGCUCCCUCCCAGGAGGAUGUUGGGCUAGGUGAACCACCAUCCUGGGGGGGGGGGAGGGGUCACUUGGUGCAAGUUGGACGAGUCCAGGGGAGGGAUGGUCCAAAGAGGGCCCUCUUGGCUGGCCCUGCGGUGCCCACACUGGGCAUCCUCUUGCCACAGCCCGAGGUGUCCUGGAGCCUGGCACUGCAGACAGGAGCAGGGACUUCCUCUUGGGGGGUCAGUGGGUCACGCACAGGAGCCCCCGCCCUGGGCUGUCACCCCUGAGGGAGGGCACAAUGGCAUGGUUUUGGGGAGCUGAGCCUCGUCCCUCAAGUGCGUCCGGAGCCCCCCACUUUAGCCAGGCACCUUGAGGGAGAGGUCCUGUGGAAGAACGGGGGGGGGGUCAAUUUUUUGCCUUGUGAGGGGCAUGGGCCGGAGGGCCCCGGUUACAGUUGAGGAGACUGAGGCAGGCAGUGGGGAUCCCUCAGCCAGGAUGGGGCUGGGCUGGGGGUGGCAGGCCCCAGCACUGUGCUGCCUCCCCUUGGCCUCCAAACCACUUACAGCCUUAGCCCAUGGGGCCUUGCUGUCCCCGCCUCAUUCAGGAGGGGCGGGGCUUGGCCUGCUGGGUGCCUGAUCCAGCCCCUGGAGGGGAGCGCAGUCCCAGGCUUCCCAAGUGACUCAGGCUCUGGGCCCGGGGGCGUGUCCAGCAGCGCAAGUCGGGCUUUGAAAGGAGGGGCGCCCGGGAGCCACUGAGGAAAGCAGGCGGGUGCAGGCGGGGUCUGCGGAGGGCAGGGAGGCCGUCCGGGACCGCGGGUGGCCAUGGGAGAGGGGCUGGGGGAUGGGCAGAGCCCCUCGGGGGCCUCCAUCCUCAGGAGGAAGCCUCCCCGGCAGGGCCGCCCCCCACCCCGACAGCCCAGCCCUUCCAGACCGGGAUGUGGCGACGCCACAGAGAGGCCCGCCCAGUGCAGUGGCCUGACCAGCAGCGCCCCUCGAGGUGCCCGAGACUCCCCGGCCCCGCAGCUCCCCUUCCCCCAGCAGCGGAGACCCGCCCAUUCCCGUGAACCCCUCCCCCAGUCACUCAAAAGCCCCGCCUCUUCCUCCUCCCCCUCGCGCUGAGGCCCCUCCCCCACUCCGUCACCCCGCACGCUCGCAGGUCUCGGUCUCCCGCCAGCUUUUCUUCUCGGCCUUAAGGGGGUCCCUCCAUCCUCCCGGCCGCCUUCCGGGCUCAUCCCGCGGACCUCUGCCAUCAUCCCGGCCUAGCGGGAGGUGUCCGUCGCGGGUUCUCCUAUCCCCCUGACCCGAUCUCUGUGCCGGGGACUCUCCGCCCUCCCCUCCCCGGGCCAAGCUCUGUGCCGCCCCCGGGCGCCUACCUCCGGCUGCUUUCCAGCUGGGUCCCUGUGGAUCCGACGAAGCCCCGCAGAUCUCAAACUUGCCUUCCCCCUCCCCCUCCUACCUUUCCCGUCCUCCUGGUCUCGCGGGUCUGAGCUCCCGGUGUCUCACCUCCCCCUCCCCCGGUGCAGGCCCUCGUGCUUCAACUGCAGCAGUGACUGCUGGGGGGUGCGGGGGAUCCCCAAAGGCUCUCACCCGACCGUGUCGCCUCCAGGGUGGGCAUCCAGAGCCCUUGAUAACCAGCCCCUCCCUCUCCCAGCUCGGCCCCCCAAGCCUGAAGCCCCUCCUCCCAUCCCGGCUGACCCUAACCCGUCAGAUCCUUCUCUGUUCUCUCCACUGAAUCCCGGGCCUGUCACGGGGCUUGGGGACGGGCACAGAAGGCUGCGCCUGCGGCCAAGAGGACCUUGGACCCUGGGCAAGUCAUUCUGCCUGCCUCCGUUUCCUUAACUGUAAAGUGGAGAUGCUAAUGUCGCCUUACCUCAGGAUUGGGGUGAGGAUCGGAAGCAAUAUUUGUGAAGUGCCUUGCACAACGUGGUGAUUAAUCAAUGCUUAUUCCCUUAUGCGGCUCCUUGGGAGCAGAGACCGUCUUUUGCCUUUCUGUGUAACCCUGACACAACGGUCGGAGGCACUUAAUAAACGCUUGUUGGUUCGCCAGCCCGGAAA